UAGUGGUUUGCACUUUAAUGUGCAAAAAAGUUCCUCGAGAUGGCGCAGUACUCACUACUCGUCAGCAAUAUUCGUUACCUCAUUCAUUAUUGUAUUUGUUGUGUUGAAAUCGGUUAGAAAUCUCAACUAAAUUUUAUAAAAAAAUGUGAAAGUAAAAAAAGUAUUAACAUUAAAAACUAUUUUAAUGUUGUAAAAAGAGCAUAUUGUUUAAAAAUGAAUUUUGAGCGAGUGUUGAGAACAGCGCCAUCACGUGUUACUUUUUGGCACAUGAAAACGCAAACCACUAAGCUGACAUAUUUUUCCUUCAAAAUACAUAGGAGUCGGACUGGGGUGAUGCAAAUUGAUUAUAUGGUUUGCGACAAAUGUGAAAAAAAUUAGACAAAGUAAAAACACCAGAUCCGCAUGGAAAGCAGGAGUUCCAAACAAAUGAAAACGGUGGACGUAAAAUCGGCGAAAACCUAUACUUCGAAAUUUACCAAUCUUUUAAUUAUAAAAAGGGAAUCUACUGUACAAUAUUAAAGACAGUCUUCAACGUGAAAAUUUGAGAAGAAACUACAUAGUAGUAAAAUGAAUCCUCAGGAGUUUCUACAUAAUAAUCUUCCUCUUCAUCAUGCUUUGUCGUCUGGAGGUAAAGAAAUUGUAAAGGAGCUUUUACAAAAAAAUAUUAAAAUUGAUGAUCACGAUAUGACUGGUAAAACCAUACUACACUAUGCAGUUAAAUCGAAAAACCUAAUGAUUGUUGAGGAUGUAUUAAAAUAUAAUCCUGACAUUAAUAAUAUAUUCAAUAGCAGUUCACUUAUAACUGCAUUAAAUGGAGAUGGAGAUGAAAAUAAAAAGAUUGCUCACGUUCUUGUAGAAUAUGGUUUUAAUGUCCAACCCAUAGAUGCAAAAGAUCCUUACCAUUUAGUUUCUGCAGCUGAAAAAGGAUGUUUUAAAAUUGUCCAAGACUUACUGAAGUAUGAUAUUGAUAUUAACUAUACUGACUUGUAUAGAAGAACAACAUUGCAUUACAUAACUAUGAAAAACGAUUCUGAUGAUGAUAAUAUUAAAGCAAAAAUUGCUUCAAUUCUUCUAAGUAAGGGCGCUAAUGUGAAUUUAAAAGAUGUGGAUAAUAGAACAGCACUUCAUUACGCUUCUGAAAGUGGACUUGCAAAGGUAGUUGAGGUUCUAUUGAAACCUAAUAUAAUUGUGAAUGCUAAGGAUAGGAAUUCGUACACUGCCUUGCACUUGGCAGUUCAAAUCGGUUGUGAAGAGGUUGUAAAAGUAUUGUUAGAAUUUGGUGCCGAAAUGGAUUCGAAAACAAAUGAUGGCUGUACAUUACUUCAUCUUUCUGCUAAAAAAGGUUAUACACAAAUUUGUAAAAUGCUUUUAAUUAAAGGAGCUGACGCGAAUGCUAAGGAUAGGGAAUCAAACACUGCAUUGCAUUAUGCAUCUGAAGAUGUUGUAAAAUUAUUGCUAGAAUUUGGUGCAAACAUUGAUUCUAAAAAUAAUGAUGCCAUAACAGCACUUCACCUUUGUUCCAAAGCAGGAAACAAGGAAAUCUGUAAAAUUCUUUUGAAUAAAGGAGCUGAUGUCAAUACAGUAAAUAGGUAUCAAGAAACCGCUUUGCAUAUUGCAGUUCAAAAUGGUCAUGAAGAGAUUGUUCAACUAUUGCUAGAAUUUAGGGCCAAGGUUGAUCUUAAAAAUAAUGCUGACAACACACCAUUUCAUCUUUCUGCUGAAAGAGGAAAUAUGAAAAUCUGUGAAAUGCUUUUGAAUAAUGGAGCAAAUGUAAAUGCUAAAAAAAGGAAUUCAGAAACCUCAUUGCACAUGGCUUCUCAAAAUGCUUCUAAAGAGUUUGUAAGAAUGCUGCUGGAAUUUGGUGCUACAGUCGAUUCUAAAUCUGGUGAUGGACGUACAGCACUUCAUUUUUCUGCUGAAAGAGGAAGAAAAGAAAUCUGUGAAAUACUUUUAAAUAGAGGAGCAAAUGUGAAUGCUAAGGAAAAGAAUUCAAGAACCGCUUUCCACAUUGCAAUUGAGUAUCAAAGAGUAGAGGUUGUAAAAGUAUUGCUAAAAUUUGGUGCUAAAAUUCAUUUUAAAAUACCCGGUCGAGGAAUAACACCACUUUAUUAUUCUGCUAGCAGAGGACAUGAAGAAAUGUGCAAAAUCCUCUUGAAUAACGGAGCUGAUGUAAAUGUUAAACAAAAGCAUUUAUCAGACACAGCAUUGCACAUUGCAUCAAGAAAUGGCCAUCAAGAGGUUGUAAAAUUAUUGCUAGAUUUUGGCGCCAAAGUUCAUUUUAAAACUAUUUAUGGCAAGACCCCACUUCAUCUUUCUGCUGGAACAGAAAAAAAAGAAAUCUGUCAAAUGCUUUUGAAUAGAGGAGCUCAUGUAAAUGAAACGGAUAAGAAUUCAUACACCGCAUUGCAUUUUGCAACUGAAUCUGGUCAUCAAGAAGUUGUAAAAUUAUUGCUAGAUUUUGGCGCCAAAGUUCAUUCUAAAACUAUUUAUGGCAAGACCCCACUUCAUCUUUCUGCUGUAACAAAAGAAAAAGAAAUCUGUAAAAUUCUUUUGAAUAGAGGAGCUAAUAUAAAUGCUAAGGAAAAGAAUUCAUACACCGCAUUGCAUAUUGCAACUAAAUGUGGCCAUCAAGAGGUUAUAGAAACAUUACUAGAUUUUGGCGCCAAAGUUAAUUUUAAAACUGUUGAUGGCGAGACACCGCUUCAUCUUUCUGCUGAAACAAAUAGAAAGGAAAUCUGUAAAAUACUUUUGAAUAGAGGCGCUGAUAUAAAUACUAAAGAUAAGAAUUCAAACACCGCAUUGCAUAUUGCAACUAAACAUGGUCAUCAAGACGUCGUAAAAACAUUGAUAGAAUUUGGUGCCGAAAUUGAAUGUACAAAUAUUAAUGGCGACACACCACUUCAUUUUUCUGCUCAAAAUAAAAAUAUAAAAAUUUGUAAAACACUUUUGAAAAAAGGAGCUAACGUAAAUGUAAUAAAUAAUUAUGGAGGUACUGCCUUGCUCUAUGCAAUUCAACAUCGUCAUAAAGAGUUAGUAAAAAUAUUACUUGAAUUUGGAGCCGAAGUUAAUUCUAAUUAUGUACCUAGCACAUUUCGUAAAGUUAUUGAUUGCCACUUAUUUACAAGAAAAACAGCAAAUUUAUUUGUAAGCAAAAACAAUCUACUAUUUUUGAGUAACAGUCUAAUUGGAAGUGGUUUUCAGCAAGAAUGUGAGGAAGAAAUAUUUCGCUUGAAGCAUGAAAAGAUUAAGAAUACUAACAUUUCAUUCUUUGACAUAUUGGCUAAAGAUAGCUUAUAAGCAAUGUACAUGAAAAAUGAGAAUAUAGUGCAAACUCUAAAAUCAUUGGAUUACGAAACAAAGUUUCCAAUUUACAGCAACAUAAUAAUAUGUAAUUUCAUAAAGGGUAUGAAAAGAAGAGAUUUACUAGACCAAUGUUAUAAAAUUUUUCCUGUUUUAUACAACAAUUUCACCGAGUCACUACAAUGCUAUAGUGAAAUAAUACUUAGUUAUUUAAAUGACAAGGACUUGAGUAUUUUAAUUAAAGCUUGUCAGCCUAUUGACAUAAGUAAACUUAGGUUGCGGAAGAAUUUUAGAUAGGCGGAUCUGUUUUUUUAUAAUAUAGAAAAUUACUACGCAAAUGAUUCUUCGAAAUUAUUUUUUCUCUAUUUAUAUGAAUUUUUCUGUUCUUUAAAAAUUGGUACACUUUUUUUUGUGAAAUUAAUGUUAAUUAACCAAUUUAAAAAUAUAGUAAAAAAUAAAUGAACAACUAAAUCAAUUAAAAAAUUGAUAAUGAAGUUAAUGGAAGUUCUUUAUUCCUGAAGAAUAGGAAAUAAUAUUUAAUUUUGGUAUUUUUAUACUUAUUAACUCUAAUUUUUAUAUACUAAUUAUUUAAUCAGAAUUAAUAGUAAGUGAAUAUAUUCAUAUUGUAUUUGGAAUAAAAAAUUA